GUAAGGCUGGCUGUCCGUCUAGCCAUCCUCGUCCGGAAACUCACUUGAUAGCUACCAUAAGGAUCCAUAUUGCCCACCAUCAAUCGGCUGCCUCUCGUUUCCCCCCCGCUCUCCUGCUCACCCCUACGCUCGACUUCUACAUGCCUCAGGAAAAUCAAACAACUUAGGGUUGGGGAUGUUCCUUCAUUCUCCCUGUCAGCAAGACUGGAGGAUUCUUUCUCUGGCUACUUUUUCGCGAUCAUCUGCUUUUGAUAUUUUGUAGUUCUUUUUUUCUUCUUCUUGCUACCCCUGUUUAUCAAAGUAACUUCCAUAUCCGGCUGAUCAGAGGAAGCUUGUUAUACUCAAUUCGCUGCCCCUAUAGCUUCUGGACAGCUAUUGUCCGAUUCCUUUUCUUGUCAAGGUUGACUGACCUACAAAGCCAAGCCGUACAAGAUGGAACAAAGCAUCAGAAACUCAGAGGAUCGCCAGAACAGCCGGGAUGGGGAAAGUAUACAAUUUUACUCAGAAGGCGACAGGUUCCGCCGGGCAUACGUCGACUCUGAUAGCAGUGACGACGAGUCUGAUGCCAGUGGUAUCAAUCAAUCAAGUCUGAGGUCCUCUUAUUCACCAUUUCGGAUGGGAAGUUUCUACCGCGACCCAGUUCAGCGUCGAUCACCCUUCCGCCUGCCACAAGACAUGGAUCCUACCCAAGCGGUCUACGAGGGAUGGACUGUGUAUGUUCCUCAGGACGAGAACGAUUCUCGCAACGUCCGUGUUGCACCAACUAGCCAUUCACAGCAGGAGCUUGCAGAGAUGCAUCUUGCUGCGCUGGAUCAGUACCAUGGCGCACAUCGUAGCAGCACCGGCUGCCUCCCCAUACGUCGCAUCUUGAGGCGAGCCACUUGGCGGCCAAGCUACGAUGAGCAUAUCGAUAGUCGCAUUGCGAAAUGUCGACAGUCUCUCCAGGAUGAGCUCUCGUAUCUUCUUCAGGACAGAAGCCGUCAUUCCAGUUCGUGCGAGCGCGAGCGCAUAUGGACUGUGGCUAUGUUGCAGGAACAGCUUUGCCCUCGCUUUGCUUCUACAAAGCCUACUCCUGCUAGACGCCACCGCCUGAGGUGGUGGAAGGACAACGCCCGUAGCCGCGAGACUGAAUUUUUCGUCGUCAUACUUGGCCGCGAGACGAGACACGAGCCCGGCGGUAUUCCUCUAUACGCGCGGUACACGAACCCAUGGCGUGCCGUCGACGAUGAGCAGGCAAUGCAGGAGAAAGAGGCUCUCUCUAGAGAACGAGGUGAUGACUUUUUUGCCUCCCCUCAAUCCAACAGAGGGAGCCGCAGGUCUUUUCCCCGUCCCGUGAUCAGACACCGUGAUCCAUCGCCGCCGGUACCCUCAGCACCAUUCCUCUCACAGCCCCCUCGGUUCGAUGCUUUCACCAUUCAACCGCCUUCGGAGUCUCUUUUGCCGCAACCAUGGGAAAGCGGGCUCCAGCAAGAUACUUGGUUUGCACCACACCAAGCACCUUGUUCACUCCCCAAUCUUCCUCCUCCGCCAGUCCCGGCUCGUCCACGAUGCUGGCAUCCUGGGCCACCACCGACAUACCGCGCAACACCCACGCCACCCGGACAUGGGCCUGGGCCAAUGCCCCAUCCCCCAACAAUGUUUGGGAGCUUUCGACCAUCGCCGCUGCUCAAUCAUUUCGAUGCCUUCCUUUCUCUACAGCAGAACCCUCCGUCCGCGUCAUGGCCGCCGUCUCCAAGCUCCUAUCGUCAUUUCUCUCCCCCACUGUCAUCUUAUGGGCCGCCUCCCCCACAACCUAAUGCGUACUCCAACCUGACAACUCCGACAUCACUUGGCUCGAUUCAUGUGCCCAUGUUUGGGCCCCUUUCUUCAGUACCCCCCGUAGUAUCUCGGUCACCUUCUCCUCCGUACUCGCCCAGAUCUAACGAGAACAAUUCAACGAGGGAUGAGAAGAGUGAAGACAGACUGGUCUAUGGCUCUGCUGGCUCCGAUAACUCCCAUUUGACCCGGCAGGACACAGGUACGACGGAGAUGGAGCCUAAAGAGGAAGCCAAGUCUCUCGCCAAAGACAAGCCGGCGGGUAUGCGUAGUGAUGAGUGAUUUUUUGUGGAAGUUUUAUUUUGUUAUAUAACAUGUCACAUUGUACAGCGCGUUUUUUUGUUUGUGUGAUAGUUUAGCCAGGUUCGGAUUGGGCUGUAAUCUGCUGGUCUUGAUAUUUCACGGGUUGGAUUUUAAUUUCUCUAGUACCAUCUGCUAGUUGUGAUGAAGUCAACGAAGUCAUUGCGUUUCUGUUUCGUGUUUCUUUUCUUUUUUUUUUAUUAAUCAGAAGAAUAAUCAACCGUUAAGCGACAGUCACCUAAAUCGUCACUACUUAGGAUACAUUAUCACGAUUCAUA